GCUCCACCAAAUGCAGGUUUAAAAGUCCCCCAAAACCCGGCUCCCUGAGGUUUAAUACGCGGGAAUCAAUUUCACUGGCUGCUCUCCACUCCCCUGUGCAGACCGCUAACUUCUAGAGGAAUUCCUCCUCCUCUCUUUCGCCGGGUUCUACGGUUCAGAACAGCAGGAACCACGCCUAAUUAUAGUGCGAGAAAGGAAAUAGGGCAAAGCGGAUUUGUCGGAUAACACGAGGAGAUCAAGAUUAAGGAGGACUGCACCAUUGAGGUAUUGCAGGGGAAAAUAAUGGAGCCGAAGCAUAUGGUGAUGUCGGCGUUGGGUUUAGGAAUUGGGGUUGGGGUCGGUGUGGGCUUGCGGCUUGCAGCCAGCCCGACGGUCGGGAAAUGGGUGGCGCCAGUGCAGGUGGGUAGCUUGACGGCGGAGAUGAUCGGAGAGGAACUGAUGAGGCUCGUGGUGGACGGAAGAGAAAGCAAAGUGACCUUCAAUGAGUUCCCUUAUUAUCUCAGUGAGCAAACACGAGUACUGUUGACAAGUGUAGCCUUUGUUCACUUGAAGCAAUUUGAGUUUUCUAAGUACACACGAAAUCUUUCUCCUGCAAGUCGAGCCAUUUUACUCUCAGGACCCACAGAACUCUAUCAGCAGAUGCUCGCAAAAGCUUUAGCUCAUUAUUUCGAGUCCAAGUUGCUAUUGCUAGAUGUAUCAGAUUUUGCAUUGAAGAUCCAAAGCAAAUACGGGUUUCGAAGCAAAGAUUUCGCUUUUAAAAGGUCCAUUUCCGAGUCAGCAUUUGAACGUGUAACCAACAUAUUUGGAUCAUUUUCUAUUCUUCCUCAGGAGGAACCAAAAGGAUCUUUGCGCAGACAAACCAGCGGAGUAGAUUUGAGAUCAAGAGGCCUAGAAAGCAAUGGGAGUAUGUCAAAGCUUCGUAGAAAUGCAUCUGCCUCAACUGAUUUGAGUAGCCUUUCAUCAGAGCCCACUUAUAUGAAUCAAGCUCCUAUCGUCCCUCUGAAGCGCAGUGGAAACUUGAAUUUUGAUGAGAAGCUGCUUAUAGAAGCACUUUACAAGAUUCUCGUCUCAGUUUCAAAAAAUAAUCCCGUUAUCCUCUACAUAAGGGAUGUUGAGAACCUAGUCUUGAGAUCCAAAAGGAUACAUUCUAUGUUCCAAAAAAUGUUGAAUAGAUUUUCCGGAUCUGUGUUGAUACUUGGUUCAAGGAUCAUUGAAUCUGAUGGCGAUUAUGGAGAGGUGGAUGAGAGACUAAGUAUUUUGUUUCCGUAUAACAUAGAGAUUAAGCCUCCACAAGAUGAAAGUCAUCUUGUAAGUUGGAAAUCACAAUUGGAAGAAGACACAAAAAUAAUGCAGUCUCAGGAUAACAAAAACCACAUUAUGGAGGUGCUUGCCUCCAAUGAUUUAGACUGUAAUGACUUGGGUUCAAUAUGCCAAGCAGAUGCAACAAUUAUAAGCAAUUAUAUAGAAGAAAUUCUAGUAUCUGCUGUCUCUUAUCAUUUGAUGCAUAACAAGGAUCCUGAGUACAGAAACGGAAAACUAGUUAUUUCAUUAAAAAGUUUGUCCCAUGUACUAAGUAUAUUUCAGGAGAACAAGCUUGGUGAUAAAGAUUCCCUAAAACUUGAGGCCAAUACUGAUGUUGCAAAGGAGGAUAAUGUAGAAAUUGAGGCCACGAAAAAGCCUGAGACGAAAACUGAAGGCUCGACUUCUGAAAAUAAAAAUGAAUCAGAGAAGCCAGGUGUAGCUGCUAAGAAUGAGGUGGGAUCAUCAAAUAAAGCACCUGAAGUUCCUCCGGACAAUGAAUUUGAGAAGCGCAUCAGACCUGAAGUGAUCCCAUCAAGUGAAAUUGGAGUAAAAUUUGAAGAUAUAGGUGCUUUGGAUGAUAUAAAAGAGUCUCUUCAGGAGCUCGUCAUGCUCCCCCUUCGGAGACCAGACCUAUUCAGAGGCCUUCUCAAGCCUUGUAGAGGAAUACUGCUUUUCGGUCCACCUGGAACUGGGAAAACUAUGCUGGCAAAGGCCAUUGCAAAUGAAGCUGGAGCAAGUUUCAUAAACGUAUCAAUGUCUACUAUCACAUCAAAAUGGUUUGGUGAAGAUGAGAAAAAUGUCAGGGCAUUGUUCACGCUCGCUGCGAAGGUUUCACCCACUAUUAUCUUUGUGGACGAGGUUGAUAGCUUGCUUGGGCAAAGAAUGAGGGUUGGCGAGCACGAUGCGAUGCGGAAGAUUAAGAAUGAGUUCAUGACUCAUUGGGAUGGGCUCUUGACAAAACCGGGGGAGAGAAUCCUAGUUCUUGGAGCAACAAACAGACCAUUUGAUCUUGAUGAAGCAAUAAUUAGGAGGUUUGAACGCAGAAUAAUGGUCGGCCUGCCAUCCGCGGAGAGUAGAGAACUGAUUUUGAAAUCACUUCUUUCAAAAGAGAAGGUUGAUGAGGGGCUUGAAUAUAAGGAGCUUGCAGCAAUGACGGACGGUUAUAGUGGUAGUGAUCUUAAGAAUCUAUGCACUGCAGCGGCCUAUCGUCCCGUUCGGGAGCUAAUUAAGCAAGAAAGGCAGAUAGAAUUGGAAAGAAAGAAACAUGCUGAGAGAGCAGAGAAUUCUGAUAAUGAGGAAGAAGAUGAUGAAACACCAAUCAUCCUGAGGCCCUUAAACAUGGAAGAUAUGAAGCAGGCAAAGAAUCAAGUUGCUCCCAGUUUUUCUGCCGAAGGAUCGAUAAUGGCUGAGCUGAAGCAGUGGAAUGAUUUAUAUGGGGAAGGAGGCUCCAGGAAAAAGCAACAGCUCACUUAUUUCCUUUAAAACCAUGCACAUAAAUAUGACGAAGCCGCAUACAUGUAAAAUUAUGCCUUCUGGAAGAUGACUGGCCGACGAAAAUUAAGCGAAAAGCUUUAUGAAUGACCAGUUGAUGCUUGGUACAUCCUUGAUAUAUGAGAACUGGGGGAAUGGAUGUAGAAGCUAGGAAAUAGAGAGUAGGAAUGUUCAGUGCUGUAGGAGAGAGAGAGAACAAUUCAGGCAUUUCUCUACGAGGGCUGGAUAUAAUAUAUUUCAUUUUAUGUUUGUUUGAUUGUGUUUGGGGGGCUGGUGCUUUGAAUGUAAAGAUAGGGGAGUGCUGUGAUUUGUUUUAGCACUUGUGUUUUGCGAGUAAAAGUUUAAGAUUCAGACUUUAAAUACUAAGUCAUAUUGCAUGCGAUU